AUGUCCAUUGACAAGCUACCACCCACCAUCGGCACAUUGCUCUGCAAGGAGUUGUUGCUGGGCGAGAAUGACUUGACUACGCUGCCCGAGGAGAUUGGCAAGCUGGUCAACAUCGAGAUCUUGGACGCCUCCAAGAACAGGAUCACGUCGAUCCCCAUCGAGAUUGGCCUGCUUCGCACACUCAAGCAGCUCUACCUCUCGAACAACAAGCUGUUCUGCACGCCGCUACCCGCCAAGCUGGGCGACUUGCGCACGCUCACCAAGCUCGACCUCUCGGGCAACCAGCUCGACGAGCUGCCCGUCGAGUUGUCCAACCUCGAGAACCUCGAGUACCUCGACCUCUCGGACAACCAGCUCACCUCCUUCCCAUUGGAGUACGGCAAGUUGCAUCAGAUGCAGACGUUCAACAUCAGCAAGAACCAGCUCAAGGUGCUGCCCGCUGAGAUCUCGGGAUGGGUGCGUCUGCUCGAGCUCAACGUGUCGCUCAACCAGCUGAUCACGCUGCCCAGCCAGAUCACUCUGCUCGGCCAGCUGUCAACUCUGAACGUCAGCUCAAACAAGCUGCAGCAGCUACCCGAGGAGCUGUCGCAGAUGGUCUCGCUCACAGACCUCGACCUCAAGGAGAUCCCCUACGACAUUGGCACGCUGAUCAACCUCCAGAAGCUCGACCUCUAUGGCAACAACAUGAAGAUCGUACCUCGCGAGAUUGGCAACCUUGUCAACCUUCAAUCGUUGGACAUCCGUAACAACUUGUUGUUGCUGGACAACAUCCCCACAGAGAUUGGUCGUCUCGUCAACUUGAAGAAGCUCUCUGUCUCUGGCAACAAGCUGGUGGCACUGCCAGCCGAGAUCUGCACACUCACCAACCUCAAGGAGUUGGAGUGUGCCAGCAACCAACUCCAAGCGAUCCCAGCCGAGAUUGGCAACCUCACUCAACUCAACAAGAUCAACUUCUCUGCCAACAAGCUUACAGCCAUUCCAUCGACCUUUGGAAACCUUGCAGAGUUACAGAUCAUGGACUUGAAGAGCAAUGAGAUUUCAGAGCUGCCAGAGACACUUGGCGGACUCAAGGCCAUCACCAAGAUCGAUCUCAGCCACAACAUGUUGACAGAGUUGCCUUGGGAGUUUGGUGACCUGCUCACACUGUCCGUGCUGGACGUCAGCCACAACCCAUUGACCAUCCCACCCAACCCAAUCGUCAUGAAGGGCACAGAGGCCAUUGUGCAAUGGUUGAAGAAGAAUGAGAAGGAGGGACGCAAGGGCAAGGUGUCCGGUUUGGAGAUCCAGCAGCAAGAGGAGGAGGGCAAGAAGAAAUAA